UCCUUAGCCCUAAUAUUCGCAGAAGGAAUGAAGACGCAGAUUAGCCAGCCCUAAAAACUGACAGGUAGAGCUGCCAUCUGCUGAAAAGGGAAUGCCGUUAAUCCUCGAUCAUAAAAACAAUUCGGAGCUUAAAAAAUUCGCAAAUAAAUCUAGAAAUCCACUGCAGCUGCACAUUUGCAAAAUCGAAGCAACAUUCUUUCUACCUGCUGACGAAAUUUCAAGGAAUGGCGAACGAGGAGGGAUCGAAAUAUAACCCUACAAAUAGCGAUGAAAAUUACAUUUGCAUGUCAGUGAUUAAGAAGACAGCGUCGCAUCCACUUGCCGCAACGCACAUUCAUCCGCAGACAUCUCUUCGAUUUCCUAUACAGUAUUCGCAUCCGUAUCACCAGUAUCUGAGCCAGUUUGCCCCCACGUUUGUGCCAUACUACCACCGACUGCUCUCGCGUCCGAUUGUGAAGCUGGAGGAAAUGGACAUUGAGAACUACAUCAACUGCGAGGUGGCGGCGCAAAGAACCACACUCAUGCGAAAAACAGUGCUCAGGCCUUUGGGCCAACACCAGCCAUUGCUGGAUACCAAAACGGACCAUACCUCCCAGAAGAUGGUUUCGAAACAGACCAAUGUGAUGACAGGGUGUGAGCCCCCUGCUGGUCGUCGCAUUGUUAAUGCCAAACUGAUGGCCAUGACCACUGCAUGCGGCAGCAUACGAAACAUGCAGACCUCCAUAGAGCCACUGCCUGCCGUCGAGGACUCGUUCAGACAGCAGGUGGGCAAAAUCCAGAAGAGCCAGCACCACUAUGAGCAGCUGUUCGGCAGGCUCACAACCAUGCUGCAGACGCUGAACCAGCGCUACGACAAGGAUUGCGAAGAAGUGCCGGCUCCACCCUCAAAGCGACCACGCCACAUAUCUACCAGCUCGGCCGAGUCCCACCUGCAGGACACCACUGCUGACCACGAGCGGGAGAACCUGGUUGCAUACCCGCAACGUGUAAAGAACGGCGACGGCAGUUAUGUGUACGUCCUGGGGCCGAACGGCACGGAGAUCAGUGCCCAUCAGUACGGGGAAGUCUUCUGGACAAGUGCUCCUGUGGCCACCCGCUCGCUGUUGGGUGUUGUCUUCAGCAGCGACGAGUUGGCCACGCACACGCUGACCGGCAAGCCCUCGCCCGCCUUUUAUGGGCGCGAGAGACCUCCCAAACUGCAGCUGAACCAGCAAAAGGUGGACGACAUUGUGUUGUGCGUCGUGAACCGUACAGGCGGCAAGGAGCGCGUCAUUCGAGCCACCAUCACCACGAAGUGUGCCGACACGGCCAAGAAGUACAAGCGACGGGCCAAGAAGGCGCUUAAAAUCAAAGAGGAACCCUUCUAGCUUAUACCUUAUGAACAGAAGCUGUUCUAGCUUACAAUAAGUAACGAGUGGCUAGAUAUAAUCCAGUCAUAAUUAUGUUUAAAUGUAAGGUAUUCAUUGUGAGAAAAUAAAAUUAUCUCUUCAGCAGAAUCUACCGCAAAGACGAAAGUCU